AUGUUGCAUAUUCAUAAAUCACGACAUAUGUUUCUUUCAAAAGUAGAAAAAUUAUUUCCAACAUUUGACAUAUUUUAUUUUUUUGCAACAUGGGACAGCCCUGUCAUUAUGUUACAAAUUCAUUCUACAUCAACAUAUUCAUGGUUAUCAAUAUACAUAAUAACGGUUGAAUUACAUAAUCAAUCAGAUGAAGAAUUAUUAAAGUUAAUAAAUGAAACAAUUAAACCACCUGGUAUAAUCAUUCUUAAUCAAUCUUAUUCAUGGGAUAUAUUCAAUACAAUUCAAUUAAAAAUUAUCAACAAUAAUAAACAAAUCAUUGUCCUGUUUAUUAAAGGAAGUAUUAUUGAACAAACUAGAAGAAUUAAUGGGUUUGUACAAUUGAUUGAUGAAUUGAUUUUAAAUAUAGAUUUUGAAGAUAUUUCAAAGGAAAAACUUGCAUUUUUAAUGUUAAAUAUCCCCGGGUUUAUGGAAUAUCUUGAACUUAACCAACAUGAAGAAUCUUUAGAAUCUACAUUUCAAAAAUUCGUACUUCAUAAUAACUCGAUUAAGAAAAUCAUACAUAAACUCAAAUGA